UAUAAAUUAUUAGCUUGGCAAGAACACCACCCACCAGAUAGCAUUCCAACCGACAUUACUCCACCACAAUACCUUUCAAUUCAAGAGAAAGGAGUCUCUGCAUUCGAGUUUGAAUGGGAGCCAGAUACCAGCUGCUUUGUAGCUGGUCGAACUGAAGUUCAAUUCGUUCACGGAGAGUGCUGUGUACAGACUAACUUACCGCUACCCAAACAACAAGAUGUUUAUUAUUGGGAAGCAAAGAUGUUUGAAAAACCCGAUACAACUACUGUGUCUGUAGGUGUGGCUACAAAGCCAUUCCCUAGUUGGCGACUGCCAGGUUGGAAUCGCUAUUCCGUUGGUUAUUUUUCUAGUAAUGGUUGUAAAUACUUUAGUUCCCCAUUCAACGGCAAACCAUACGGAUUUCCUUUCAAUCAUGGUGAUGUCGUGGGGGUCGGUUACAGACCUCGGACUGGAACUAUCUUCUUUACCCGCAAUGGCCGUCGUCUGGAAGAUGCUUACACCGGCCUUCGUUGGAACUUAUUCCCUACAAUUGGUGCAAACGGACCUUGUCAGGUGCACGUCAACUUGGGUCAGAUGGGCUUUGUGUUUGUAGAAGCCAAUGUAAAGAAGUGGGGACUGGCACCAUCCCAAGGCACACGCGCACCUCCGCCAGCCUACGGUGCUGAGCGUGGAUCGGUU